UGGCAGACAAAUUUCCAAACCGGUAUGCUGUUUGUCAAGCAAUGACAUGCUCGCAGAUGUCUUGUUCACAAUAGUUGUAUUUAGAGUCCAGGGAAUAAUCUCGUUGCGUCUUGCUUUUUUGUUUUUUUAAAACCUGAUCACUUUUACAUUGGAAUCAUGUCUGCAUCCAAGCUUCCCAAAAGUUGUGAAAUCAUCCAUUUUCAUAAGUGCGUUCCUCUUUAGAAAUGAUCGUGAGUGGAAUACUGGAACAUGUCUGUACUUGAAGGCAGAAGAUGAUUUUAUAUAGUUUGUUCGCUCAAAUUCCCCCUUGCAUCAUUUAUGGUUUUUAAUGUACUUCUAUCGUCACAAAGGUUCUGCUUUGUCAGCAGUGGGUUCUUUUAAAAGGUUAUCAGUCCAUCAUCAACAGAAGUGCUUGUGCUUGUGAAAGUUUAGUGCAGUGUAACUGGGUUAAAUUCCAUGUUACAUGAGGACACGAAUAAGGGGAACGGUAAAAUGCACGUUUGCAUAUGCUUUUGUGGUUUAAAGCUAGUUUGCACCGUUCAAAGUAACUAGUGUUUUGUUUUGCAUCUAAAUUGCUGAUGCCACUUACCUAAUAAUGAUAAGCAUUGGAAUUUGGACCUUUCAUACAUGCUGUAUAUAAAGAUAUAUUCAAAGCAUUUAUCUACAGCAUUUGAUAGAACUGCCAUACUGAACAAUGCAGGUAUAAAGACGCCUGCUGUUCUUAGAAGGAAAUGAAUCGUUCAUUUUGAACAGAUUAAAGUGAUGAUGGGGAGGCCGGUCUUGGGACAUCCUCCUAUUUCAUACCACCUCUAGUAGCUGACAAUGCUGUGGUGGUUUGGUUAGUGACAAGCUGUGAGCGCUUUUAGACGACCUGCUUUUACCUCUCCACACUGCAGAAAAGGGAAGGACAUGAAUGCGUCUGAUCCAGAGCUCUCCUGUUUGAGCCCCAACAACACUGAUGACUUCAAACACCAAGUGUAUCCUGCAGCAUACGUUCUCAUUUUUGUCCUGGGACUCGCCGGUCACGCUUUAUCGGUCUGCAUCUUCUUCAGCCAAUGGAGGACCCAGAAGAGUUUCACUCCAGUCAACUUGUUAAUGGUGAACCUGUUGGUCUCAGACCUGAUGCUGGUGUCCUCUCUGCCCCUGAGAGUCUCGUACUACAUACUGAAAUCUCACUGGAUCUUUGGUCACAUCACCUGUAAACUCAUCUCAUACGUCUAUUAUCUGAAUAUGUACAGCUCUGUGUAUUUCCUAGUGGCCCUGAACAUCUUGCGUUACCUGGCGCUGGUGCGACCGUACAUGUACAUUCGCAUACAGAGGCACUACGUCGCAGGUAUCGUGUGUGCUCUCAUUUGGCUCUUGAUGGGUUUAGGCUGCAGUCCGCUGUUGUUCACUGAGAGAAAAGAUAAUGACCUACACAGUUUUCGGUGUUUGGAGCUGGCAGAAGACAAUGUGGAUAAAUUGCUCCUUAUCAACAACGUUACGUUUCCAGUGGGCUUUGUGUUGCCUUUGGUGGUUAUCAUUUUCUCCUCGGUCUUGGUUGCGAGGAACCUUCUGAGGCCUAGUCCUGCUCUCGGUAGGACCAGACCUUGCAGGAAGAAGGCUUGUGCUCUGGUCAUCAUCAGCCUUGGGAUCUUUCUGGUGUGCUUUUUGCCGUAUCACGUAGUGCGGACAAUCUUCUUAAUCACCGAGAAUCAGGUCCAGAAUGAUACAUACAAAGACUCGUGUAACUAUAUUUUGGUAGUCCGGAAGGCUGCCGUCAUAGCGCAUUGCUUGUGCACGGCUAACAGUUGUCUGGAUCCUGUCCUCUUCUUCUUUGUUGGGGAAAAUUCCCGAUCGGUCUUUGCUAAAUGGACAGGAGGAAGAAAACCCAGCGCUUGCACUGCAGGGAGAAAUCUACAGCAGGAAGAGUUGCAUGUUUUGCAGAACUGAAUGGAAAUGGCUCAAUAGAUAACAAAGAACAGACCAGAAGUACCUCAUUCUUUGGUGUGCUUCUUAAAAACAAAAGAUGAAAAGGUCAUGUUUUGACUGACCAGCCUUGUUUACACUGGGUUCAGUACAAGUUAGGAACAAUCAACAAAGUUUUGAUUUCUGCAAAUUAAUUUUGGUACAUCUUUUUCUUUAAAAAGGCACAAAUUUUGGUUGCAAUUGCGCAGUUAUGAUGAAUCUGAAUGGGGCUAAUCUGUAAACAUUAACAAGACUAAUAUGUGUGUUAACAGUAUUUUUACAGACAAAAAUAAACAUUUUAGUCAACUUAGUCACAAUGAGAGCGCAACACAAUUAAAAUAGGUUUAAAUAGAUAACUAAUGGCUGCCUGGUUGCAUAGACAAGGUUUAAGACUAUUCCCAAAAAAGAAAAAACUGAAAAUUGAAAGCAACUUGCACAGACAUAUCGUGUAAGUGUCAAUGAUUUGUAUCAAGAGGCACAGCAAUAAGGUGGAUUUUUUUUUUUUUUUUCUUCUUCAAGGGCACUACCUAAAUGUUCUAAUUUAAGGCCUAAUCCUGGAUUAAUUUAAGCUCUGGCAGUGAAUCCGGUUGAGUGAGAGCUAAAUUAAACGCAUCACAAAGCCUCCAGAAAUUGGCCCCCAUUUACUUCUGUUAUGACUGCGAGUUCAACUCAUGUCAGAGUUGUUUGUGAGGGUUUGUUUUUCUCCUGAGUUAUGGGUGUGUCAGUAAAAAAAAAAAAACAUGGUAAAUAUGUUGCAAUUAUUAUUUUUUGUACAAUUCCUGCAAUGCAUAAUAUACAAAUUAUAUAGAAUAUACAAAUUUAGUUUACUGUAUCUUUAUAUAUGUCAUGUGAAUAUAAAAAAGCAUAACAUCUGAUGUGCAUUUUUUAUUUUAUUUUACAUUUUGUAGAAGUUAAAUUAUUUUCGUUUUUUUAUCAUUUAAAAGUGCCAAAACUUCCCAACUUUUUAAUGCCCCCAAUGCUGUUGAUUUGAGCCUGUAAGUCACUUUUUGCACUUAUUGACAUUUGUCAUGUUUUAUCACUGCUCACAUCCAUAAAGUUAACUUUGCUCCACUUGGUAGCUUAGCCAGUGAUUGCUUUCCCUGAUAGCUACCUGCUAUCUGAAAUUUAUUUUUUUCUUUUAAGUUUAAUUCACUGUUAGUGGAAGCACCCUAGUAUUAUGGUGUUUAUUGUUAAUCACGCUAAUAUUUAGGCAAUGCUAAUUACACUCAUAGGUGUAUACUAUAGCGUAUAUUAUUUUUUCAGCAUAUAUUUUCAGUUAAACUUAGUCCUGUACUGAAGGUUUCACUUCUCUAUGUAUGUCUAUAGCACGUGUCUGCAGAGUCCCAAUGUUAAAGUCUGCACAAUCAGGAAGCAUAAGUAAUGCUAGCAAAGCAUGUGGCUUCCUCUGCUUUUCGCAGCUCUCCUUGUUGCCAAAUUAAAACUGCGCACAUUCCUCUUUUUAGGUUUCCAUACUUGACACAUUAGUGUUGUGGUAAAUAUCUGUGCUGUUUAUUUGUCUUCACAUUCACACGAGGAAGCUCAGUUUUCUGUGGUGAAUAUCACUUUAUCUUCAUCACAUCUGUACUUGCAGUACAUAUUGCAGUACACUUUUUUUCCCCCCUUUUUUUCUUUUUAAAAAGAUGCACUGCUUAGAGAAGAUCUCAAGGAAACCGUUUCCACAGUAAUUAUGUUUUGUUUAUACGUAAACAUUGAACUUACUUUCAUUUCAUCCAUAAAUGGAAGUAUUAGCUAUCACUACACCAUUGUUCCCUUACUGAAGCUCCUCCCAUUACGUUGCAUGCUGCAAAAAGCACAUCCUCUGCCUCAACACAGGUUAUGCCUCAAAAUCUUAGACUUGGAUUGUAAUCUAAUUAACUGUUAGUCACCAAGCAAUAACAACAUCUUUGGAUAUUUUAAAAGCUCAGAGGCUAAUACUUUUGUCUUGUAAAAUCUUUUUCUUUUAAAAUAAUCAUUGAUAUGAGAAACUAUCAAUAUCGUGUAGAUGUUAACAGACCAAAUUCAAACACUCCAGCUGUAAUUACAGGCAUUUUCAUGCAUUUACUUAACGUUUUUUGUUUUCGUUUAACCUCUUCAUCCCAACAGUACCAGUGGUUUUUGAGGCUGAUCUGUUAGUCUAUAUGUAAGAAAUGUGUUUCUAACCUCUGUUGCUGCAAUAAAGCUGUUUUGUUUCUGUGACCACACACUUCUGCACCAUGCAACACAGCCCAUUUUUAUGUUUUGUCAUUUUAAGUUAUCUUGAAGCACCCUUAGACGGUUUCUGAGAUUUUUAUUUAAUGUUUUUAAAAGUGAACUUUUACACUAUAAAGUGUCUUAAGCUUUGAAAAAUAACUAAAACAUCGAUGUAUUGGUGGUGCUAGUUGUGUAUAGUUUUGUCCAUUCCUUGGCAUGUGAUGUAAAUACGGCUCCGCCCUUCAGGGGGCGACAUGCUCAAUGUAGAAUAAAACAGCUGUUUGUAGAAAACAUAUGUAUUGGGUCUUCAUGAAAUCAGCACAGUUUUAAUCAUAUUUGUGAAAGUGCUGUUCUUUGUGAAACAUUAAUUAAAAAAAAAAAGUAAUGUAAGUGCACCUUGGUAAUAACGGUAUUUUCAGCACACACAGCACAGAUAUGAGUUUCAUGGCAAAAUACGUAAGAAACUGCAGGCCAUUUCACUGCAACAGCUUUUUUAGCAGAGUAUGACACAAUCUUUUGACCAUGGAAAUGUUGUAAGAGUCAGACCUAAAUAUAACUAACGACCACCCUCUUGACUUGUGUGU